CUACAGGGUGCCUUGGAUGGUGGAUUAGAUAUUCCCCACAGUGACAAGAGGUUUGCUGGAUACGCCAAGGAUUCCAAGUCUCUCGAUGCUGAAGUUCACAGGAAGUACAUUUAUGGUGGCCACGUCGCUGCAUACAUGAAUACUUUGAUGGAAGACGAGCCAGACAAGUAUCAGACUCACUUUAGCAAGUACGUCAAGAAUGGACUUGAGGCAGAUGAACUCGAGGCACUGUACAAGAAAGUCCAUGCUGCCAUUCGUGCUGAUCCAACUCCCAAGAAAUCUGACAAGCAGCCACGCAAGGAACACAAGAGGUUCAACUUGAAGAAGCUGACAUAUGAAGAGAGGAAGAACAAGCUGAUUGAGCGUUUAAAUGCACUCAACAGUGCUGCUGUGGCCGAUGAAGAUGAUGAUGAUGAGGAUGACGAGUGAAGACUUACUUCUGUUUGCUCUUUUUUGAACCUUGUCUUAUGAACCUUGUUACCUCAUUUCUGUUUGGAAUUGUUUUCAAUUUUGAGAGUUUGUUUUACUCAUUUUGUAGCUUUAUUUCUCUUUUAGUUAGACAGAGUGACUGGUAUUUAUUUUUCUACAUGAAAUUAAAUCGUAUUAUCGGAUUAUGUCUUUGCUGCAAAUCUUGCUGCUUUUUCA